GCCAACGAUCCGAGCGAAGAUCGCAGCCUUAAUAUCGUCAAGGCGGCGGAUGGAGGCGUCCAAAUCAACGCAGUUUUCGACGGGCAUGGAGGAUCCAGGGCAGUAGAGCACCUCCGCACAUCCCUGUGCCAACAUAUUCUUGCAGAAGUUUCCUCCAAGAACUCCAGUGACGAGGUUUCUGCCAUUGUCAAGAACGCCUUUGCACGAUCCGAUGAGGAGCUGAAGCAGUCGCUCUUAGCUCUUCCUGAAAAGACUCGCAUGUCUAAGGGCUACUGUAACGCCGGAGCGUGUGCGGUCAUCGCGCUGUUCAUCAACUCGGUGCUCUACAUCGCGAACGUAGGAGAUUGCGCUGCUGUGCUAGGGAAAGUAGGCCAAGAGACUCAAGGACUUGAGGCAACGGAAGUGUCGGUGGAUCACUCGUGCAACAACCCGCUAGAGACUAAGCUUGUGGUCGAGCGUUCUCAUGAUCGAAAUGCCAUCCGGAUGAGCAAAGAUGAUCAAGCGACUGGCCCCGGCAUCAUUGGUGUGAAGCGGGUUGCUGGCAGCUUGGCAAUGACUCGGGCAUUUGGAGAUUUCUACCUCAAAUGCGCCGAACUGAGCUCAGCUCCAUUCAAGAGCAAGGUGCCGUACAUUACAUCGGAGCCCAGCAUCACUACCGUUUACAUGGAUGGAAGCGAAAAGUACGUUAUACUAGCGAGCGACGGUCUGUGGGACGUCAUGACGCCUCUAGAAGCUGUACAUAUUGUUGCUAAGUUCGAUCCUGAGCAAUCGCUGUUCUUUUCGACUGCAAGCGCUGCACUCAUUCAUGCUGUGCUAGAAAAAAUCGCACAUCGAGAUGGGUUGAUGAUGCACGAACUCAUGUCGAUGCCCCAAGGUGCGGUGCGUAGACGCUUCCAUGACGACAUCACGUGUACUGUCGUAUAUAUCGAGCACCAGAACGGCUCCAAUACACGAUAA